GCUUUAAAAAAUGAGCAAACUCAACCCUCGUGUAGCCCAUAAUCCGGUGCUAUCUCGAAUAAUUGAGAGUGGGCGAACAAACUUGCCAUCUGGAAUUACUUCUGCUGGCUCACUGUCCGCAUAUGCCCAAGCGGCAGCUGUUACGAUUCGUGACAAUAGAGAUCGAGAAAAACGAGAGAUUGCAGAUUUGAACAACAGAUUGGCUAGAUAUGUUGAAAAGGUCCGAUUCCUUGAAGCUCAAAACCGGGUUCUCGAGAAUGACAUUGGUCUUUUCCGCCAAGCUGCUCAUAUUCAUACUGGCAAAGUCAGAGACUACUACGAUGCAGAGAAAACCUCAUUGGCAACUCUGGUUCGCGAGCAGGAAGCCAAAGUGUCAUCUGCUAAGCAGAAUAUUCGAAAGCUGGAGCCAGAAAUCACAACGGCCAUUAGAACCCUAGCGAGUUCACUCGAACAUCGCCAAAGAGUUCGUUCUGAUAAAAAGGAACAAUUGAAGCAUUUAUCUGAUUUGGAGUCUGAGACAGCAUACAUCAAAAGACUUAUCAAUGAUUGUGACGAUGAAAAAUCUCACCUGAAAACCGAAAUUUCUCGCAUUCGUGGAGAAAUCAAGCGAAUUUUGGCACUUCGUGACAAAGAACGCAAUGGAUUUUCUCGUUCCCAAACAGCUGCUCAGGAUCUUUUGAAGAAGUUGAAUGCAACGAUUAGUACUCACGAAAUUGCGAUUCGUGAAGAAAUUAACAAGGCCAGACGUGAUUCUACAGACAAGAACCGCGAGUUCUUCCACAGAGAGCUUCACAUGUCAAUGAAAGAAAUCCGUGAUCAAUUCGAGUCAGACUCGAAGAAAGCUCGUAAAACAUGGGAGGAGUGGUACAAGAAGAAGAUUACCGAAAUCAAGAAACGUUCUGAGAAAUUCAGUCUUACCCAGAAUCAAGCAAGAGAAGAAGUUCUACGUAUCAGAUCAUUGCUUAAUGAGUUGCGCACUAAAAUUUCCGACGCAGACUCGAUGACCCAAGCUCUUAGCAAGAGAAUUGAAGAUAUGAAAUUCCGUGAAGAUGAAGAAUUGAGAAUGUUUGAACAAUCCCUCACUGAAAAGGAACUAGCAGUGACGAGAAUGAGAGAUGAAUGCGCAAAACUAUCUGUUGAACUUGAGACACUAGUUGAAAACCAGAUCAACCUCCGCAGUGAAAUUGCUCACUACCGCAAGUUGAUGGAACAAGCUGAAAAUCUGCGGACAAGCUACCAAAGCGAUUUCGUAAUCGAUACUCCAUCGCCUUUGAUGCGCACAUCUUCUCAUCAUUAUGGAUCAUCAUAUUCACUGAAUGUUAGAGAUACACAUAACAAAACAGUACACCAUGAUAACUACGACAUUAGCUCCGCAUCGACCAUUAACACCCAACAGUUCCGAAGCUAUGGAAAAGGAGAUGUUAAGAUUAUUGAGCACAAAGAUGAAUCAAUCGUCAUUGAAAACUCAAACAGCUAUAAGUCCAAAGAUCUUUCUAACUGGAAAAUCAAUCAUUAUGUGAAUGGAGCGCUAACUGGAACGUUCAUCUUACCAGUUGCAACUCACAUUCACCCACAUGAGAAGAUUUCGAUUCAUUCAUUGAAAUCUCCGAAUUUAAUGGAUGAUAUUGUUGCUACUCAAAUCUACAGCUUCGAUUUCUCCAAAAACACAAAGACAGUUCUUCUUGAUGAUGUUGAUGACGAAGUUGGAUGGUAUGCACACGUAUCGUACAGUCAUUGAUGGAAACCGAUAAUUCUUUCAUUUUAACGUUUCCUGGAGCAUCCAACGUACAAUGUUUGAGCACUUUUCUAUGGGAAACACAUCAUUUAACAUUCAAAAAUUAACAUGGCAUUUCUUAUCUAUUUAUUGUACGCUUUGUUACGCGAUGCUCGAUUUAAAUUCUCUAUGAGUGCAAUGAACUUUACAAAU